CCACUUUUCCCUGCACAGAGCAAAACGUAAGGACCCGAACUGAGCCACAUACCCCGGAGCUUUUACUGUAGUUCAAACCACAUGUCACUUUUCGGUCGAAUUUUCAAGCGCAAUGGCGACUCGAAGCGAAAAGAGGGUGCAAAUCUUCUGCCACCAAGAAGGGUCACUCAACCAGCAACUCCAAAACCUGCUAGAGCAGUGGGGAAUCCUUUACUUGCAUGGUACCUCGAAAUCCUAGCAUUAGUGAUCACUCUUGGUUGUGUUAUUGCCAUUGCAGUGCUGUUGAGUAAAAUGAACGGCCGACCACUAGCAGACUGGAAGAUGGAAGCGUCGUUCAACACCGUCAUCGCUAUUCUCGGCACAAUUUCCAGGACGACGCUCGCAUUUGCAGUUAGUUCCUGCAUAGGACAACAAAAGUGGGGACUGUUCAGACAAGAGCCAGAUCAGCUGCGUGUCUUUGCAAUGUUUGAUCAAGCCACCAGAGGGCCAUGGGGGGCCACGAGGCUGAUGUUUCUACUCAGAACACGGCAUUGGGCUACUCUCGGCGCACUCGUGACCGUUGGCUCACUCAUCUUUGAUCCCUUUCUGCAGGCAUCCAUCGGGAGUAUUGGUUCGCUCAAAGCCAUUGAUUCUGCUGGCCGGGCGACCGUAGGAAGAGCAACAAAUCUUAGCUUCGGUCGCCCUGUUGAAGUAACGGUGUUCACAGGCGUAUUUCAAGUCAACACGAGCGCCGGAUACUUUUCUGCGGAUAGCAUUGCUGUAGAACCUGACCUUGGCUUUGCGAGCGCUGUUUACAAUGCCUUUUACAAUUCCUCGGCAUCCCUGGACCAGUCAGUGAGGUUCACAUGUGAGACUGGAAACUGUACCUGGCCUCCGUAUGUCUCGAUGGGGGUAUGCAAUUCUUGCGCAGAUGUGACUCAGCACAUGAUACGCGAACACGGCCACGGCGAAAACGGAAGCACAACACCACAGCCCAGUAAUAUCCAGAUGAGUGAGCAGGAUCCAUAUACGAGAUACAAUCUCCCAUAUGGCUCCAUAUCAAAUUAUGACAUGUUUAGAUACUCAGGUCAGAUGACUGCUAUAUCGACGGGGAUGGUUGUCAAUGUGACACUUGAUCCGUCCGAAACGAUCCAUUUCAAGGACACUGGCUCCCUGCUUGCUAGCAUCCUUACCAUCAAAGGUUCUCCAGAGUAUCUCUUAAAAAACCAAACAUGGAAUAGCACCACGCCAGUUGCCACGGAAUGCGCAUUGUAUCUCUGCGGGAAAGUCUAUGAUUCAAGAGUCGUCGAGGGCGUCCUACAGGAGCAAGUGACAAGCUCAUGGGCAUUUCGUCGUAAAUCAUCGUAUCAAGCCAUCGCCAAUCCAAGAAUGAGUCUGGACGAAAGCAAGGCCCGAGCGUGGACUGCCGAACACCCAGUCUUAUAUGACAUCCAGGCAUACAGGACCGACCUACAGAUAUCUUCGGAACCCGUGGAAGACGCUAAUCUGCAUCUCAAUGUCACCCAGGGAUCGCUGUUGACAAUGGUUAUGUCCCUUUUUGAAGCAAUAUCUGGCACGCUGCCACCGUCAGGAGAGCAGAUAGCAUAUCCAGGUGUAAUCGCCUAUUCCUUUCAAAGUAUAGGCGGACCGCCUGCCUUCAGUACGGCUCUUUUCCAAUCGCAGAACCUGAGCGAAACAUUUGACCGUGUGGCCCAUCAACUCACCAAUCACCUUCGUAGCAAUGCUACAAUGGCCUAUCCUGGGAUGGUUCAAAACUGGAUUCCCUAUGUGAGGAUUACUUGGGGUUUCUUCGCCCUGCCACUGGCAACUGUUGUACUAGGCUUUCUCUAUGUUUUGCUUUCGAUUAUCGAAUCAUACCGCCUUCGUAUCCCGAUCUGGACGAACGAUUCACUGCCCACGUUGAUUCAUGGGUUGGAUAAUGAGGCGCAGAGCGUGCUUCGCCCUUUGUAUGGAACAAAGGAGGGAGAAACAAAAGUGAACAAUCAUAUUAUGGAGUUUUCCAAAGAGGAAGAGAGGCUGCGGUUGAUACAGUGAAAGGGCAGCCGUAGAGAAGAGAUGGAGUCGUGAUGAAGGAUGCCGAGUCGGGACGAGAAGUGCGCAUGUCACUCAAUGUCCGCGGUCAGGCUCGUACCAGACUAAUAGCCACAUGCUUCGAUCAGGUAGACGUAUCCACAUCUAGAGAGGUUUUAAUAUUAUAAUUGUUG